AUGUUACGGACCGUGUUUCCCCGAUGUUGUAAUGGAUUACUCAAGAACCUGUCUCACAUUUUAAGAACUGAUGGUGCCCCUUUCCAUAGUAUACCAUUGCCGUUUAGUGAGAGGCACUACAUGAAGAACUACGUCUUCCACGGUGAGCUUGAUGAUGUUGAAUUCCCUCCUGAGCAGCGGAAGCUGCAUCCUCUCCCUCGUACUCCGACCUUAUCAAGUGGUGAACGGAUGUUAAAGUAUCCUAGGAGACACUAUGAUCUUCGUGGCCCAGAAAACAUCAACCACCUGCUAUCCCAUUCGCAAUUUGGUAUACAGGCUCUCGAAGGUGGGGAGCUGUUGAUUGGACACCUAGACAUGAUUCGUGCAACCAUAAACAGAAAAAUUGAUGAAAGGAGAAUGUUUGCCGUCUGGAGAGUACCGGGACCCUGGAAACCGAAGACUAGAAAGUCCCUCGGUAAACGAAUGGGGGGCGGGAAGGCCGAUAUUCAUCACUACGUUACGCCCGUCAGGGCUAACAGAAUUAUUGUGGAACUUGGCGGUUACCUUGACUGGUAUGAGGCCUCUCGCAUACUCACCGGAAUAGCCGAUCUCUUGCCUUUUGGAGCACGGUUCGUGUCCCAGGAAUUGCUUGAUACCGAGUCAAAGUUGGAAGUCUACAUUGCCGAAAAAAAUGUCAACCCUUUCUACCCUCCAGGACAAGCACUACUCAAAAACUACGCCGGUUGCCGGUCCUUCAUCAGUCCUUGGCAUUUGGAGUGGGGUGAUACUACCUUCAAGUAA